AAAUGAAUAUUUAAGGAGAGAAUUGUCAGAAUAUCCAGAAAAUCGUAACAGAAACAUGAAUAAUUACUUAUCUUCAAGUCUUAGUCAAUUAACUACUGAUGUUAUUAAUUUAAAAGCUAAGCUGAAAGAGAUGCAAAAGUUGAAAAAUUCUGUGGAUGAAAGUUAUAAAGAUGCUAUUCGAGAAUAUCAUUUAAUAGUAAUGGAACAAUUUACUGAAUUAAAACAACAAUUGCACGAAGCUCGAAUAAAAAACGAAGCAUUGGAUCAUAGUGUAGCUGUAAUAGCUAAAAAAUUGGAACAAAUCAACCAUGGUAAGGUAAGAAGUAAAAACUUUGUUUAUAAAAUGAAAAUCAUAAAAUAUAUUUUAAAGAAUGAGCAAAGUAUAGAAAUGGAAGAACAAUGGAUAGAUAAAAUAAUGACAAUAUGUGAACAGUUUGAUUCAUUUACAAAAGAGAAACACAAAGAAUUACAAUUAAAAGAUUUACUUGAAAAAAAAGACAUAGAAUUAUCAGAGAAAGAUACACAAAGAAAAGAAGAAAUUGAAUUGUUGUCUAAGAAGAUACAUGAUUUAGAAAUGAAAUUGGAAAUGAAGAUUAAAGAUGAAGAUAAAUUACAGGCAAUCGUAAUUGAGCAAUAUACAAUGAUGAAAGAAGAAUUAAACAAAAUGAGGACUGAAAUGGAUUAUGAAACUCAAAAAAAAAAUCAAGAUUUGAUGUCUCAAGUUUUUGCUUUAAAAAAAGCCAUUUCAAAACUCGAAAAAUCAAAAGAGAAACUUGAGAAUGAUUAUGAAAAAAAAUUGUCAUAUAUAAUUAAGAACAAAGAUAUGGAAAUAAAAACAUUACAUUUGCGACUGCAAAAACAAAAAAAUGAAUUAUGUACAUCUCUGAAUAUAAAAAAACAAAAUGAAAUGGAUAAUAUUGUUUCUGCAUUAGAAAAACAGUAUAAAACGCUGUUAACAGAAACAGAAACAAUUUCUGAAAAUAAAACUCAGGAAUAUCUCAUGAAAAUAACUAUUCUUGAAGAUCAAAUAUUAAAUAUGAAGAAAUUCAACUCGAGUUUAUAGAAUAGUGAAUCGCGUAGUUUAUAGUACAUUACAAUUAUAUCAAUUGUAUAUUAUGUUUCUUCUUAAUAAAAAAUAUAAAAAUAUGUA